AUGGCCACGUUGCCAACGUUCAGCGGAUCGUUGUCGCAAAGUAAUGACGCUGUUUACCCUGCAGCGGUGACCUACACCAGCGCCCCGGUGACCAUGCCAGUCACCACGCCGGUGGUCACUGCAGCUCCAAUCACCACCAGUGCACCCAUUACAACGACGGCACCCACUAGGACUCUGCCUCCAGUGACCUAUUCGAGCACCAGCACUCCGCCCAUGUCCUAUGCUCAGGGUGUGCCCUUCUCGUCAUCGAUGAACUUGGGCCUGGGCAACUUGGGCAACCUGGGCAACCUGGGCAACUUGGGCUUGGGCGGCCUAGGCGGCCUGGGCCUGAACAAGGGCAAGGCUGACAGCGUCUUCGGGCCAGUGAACUUCAAGUUCGUGAAGGAUGACGAGUUCGAGAUGCGGUCGCAAGCGUCGCCCAGUCGUUCGGCUUGGGGGGAUCUUGCGGGAUUUCCACCGCCGGCUGAGAGCAACCACAUGCAGGAGGCGAAUCGUCUGGACAUGGAAAUUGCUGCGCACGACCAGAAAGUGCGCGACUUGGCCUCGCAGCCUUUGACAGUGGAAAACCUGGAGACCCAGAUCCAGGAGUUGCUUGACGGCCAAGAGUCCCUGCGCUACGAACUCCGUCAGGUGAAAAUGCAGGUGGAGCAGAAUGCUCAUGAUUUGGAGGCGACUUCGCGGCAAGUCCAGUUUCUCCAGGGCUUGCGGCGACAGACGGGAGAUGCGGCCUUCGCUGGGAGUGGCUAUGGCACACAGUACUUGCCACCAACGGCAGUAUCACAACCGAUGCCGCCCAUGGCCAUGCCGCAGUCGGCCCCUCCCACCAUGCCGCGCAUGUCGACCCCGCAGAUGUCGCAGCCUCCGGCCAUGGCACCCUCACGCGAGGUGCCGCCUGUGCCAGUCUCCCCACAACAGUCACAUCAGUCUCAUCACAGCAGGUCGCAGCGCGUCAGCUUGCCUGCCAAGCGUCAUGAAGAUGCGGUGCACGCCAUGAUGGGCUACAACGAGGACACCUUGGACCUGCAGAGCACCACGGAUUACUUCUCGAAGGCGACUAGGGGAUAUAACACAUAA